AUACUAAAAGUAUGUUUUUCCCUGCAGACGUUCACCACUCAGGAGACGAUCACUAACGCAGAGUCGGCCAGGGAUUGGUUCCUGAAGACAGCCAAUGAUAAAUCUGCGGUGGCCAAACAUUUCGUGGCUCUGUCCACCAACGCAGUCAAGGUGAAGGACUUCGGGAUCGACACCGCCAACAUGUUCGAGUUCUGGGACUGGGUGGGAGGUCGUUACUCUCUGUGGUCGGCCAUCGGUCUCUCCAUCGCUCUGCACAUCGGUAAGUUUCUUUAUUUAGUAAGCCCUUAUU